UGUGGUUGCUUCCACUCAGUGCUCCAAGUCUUUCCUUGACAGAGAGCAGAGUCUCUCUCCCGGCCGGCGGCUCCAUUCCCUAGAAGCGGGGGAAGCGGCAGAGCCAGAGACAGCCUGGGGGCUUUGGCUUCCUUCGCUCCGUUGCUUUUGCCCCAUUGAAAGCCCUGCAAUGAUGGUCCUCCUGCAUCUUCUCAUGCUGCUUCUGCUGCACGUUUUGCCGUUUGCUGGAGCUGUUGAACUCCCUGCGGGCUCUUGUGCUUUUGAAGGCAGUACGUGUGGCUAUGAAUCAGACUUCGCAUCCCUGCCGUGGAUUUUGAAUGGAGAAGGUCAUUACAUUUCUGUGGAUACCUCACAAGGUACAGAUGGUGACUCAGCUGUAUUACUUAGUCCUGAACUCUCUACAGAAGAAUGGAGCUGUAUUAGACUUAUAUACCAAAUUGCCACAUCUUCAGAGUUAGCAGCAGAUGCUACGACUUUAAAUGUGUACCUCAGGGUGGAAGGAGAAAGUUUUGAUCAUUUACUUUGGACAACUACUGAACCCUCAGAGAGCUGGCUCAUUGCUAGUCUUGAUAUUAGAAAUAGUACUGACAGAUAUAAGAUUGUAUUAGAAGGUGUGUUGGGAAGAGAUAAUUUUGCCAGCAUAGCAAUUUUUGAAAUUAAAAUUACUACUGGCUACUGCAUAGAAUGUAAUUUUGAAGAGAACCAUCUGUGUGGUUAUAUGAACCGCUGGAACCCCAAUGUGAACUGGUUUGUUGGUGGAGGAAACAUUGGAAAUUCCCAGUCCAUCCUUCCAAGAGAUCACACUCUUAAUAAUGAAUAUGGCCACUACAUGUAUGUAGACUCUCUCUAUGUCAAGCACUUCCAGGAAGUGGCUCAGCUGGUCUCCCCUAGAACAACGGCGCCUAUGUCGGGCUGUUUGUCCUUUUAUUACCAAGUGCAGCAGGAUAAUGGCAUUGUUUUUACCAUCUACAUGAGAGAUAUAAAUGGCUUUUAUGAAGAGCUUUGGAAAGCAGGCGGCUACACGAAGAAUGGCUGGGUUUUAGGAGAAGUUGAUUUCAGUGCUCCAUACCCAAUGGAGAUUAUUUUUGAAGUUGCUUUUAAUAGUGCCAAAGGGGGAUAUAUUGCUCUAGAUGACAUUUCAUUCUCUCCGGUUUUCUGUAGCAAUGAGACAGAAAUUUCCUUCAGUCCCAUACAGGCAAGUUGCAAUUUUGAGGAUGAUCUCUGCAACUUUUAUCAAGAUCACAUGGAUGGCCCUGGCUGGAGCAGGGUGAAAGUAAAGCCUAAUGCAUACAGACCAGGUGACCAUACAACUGGCAUGGGUUACUACUUGAUGGCAAACACAAAGUUUACCUCGCAGCCUGGGUACAUUGGACGUUUGUACAGCCCCACUCUGCCAGGAAAUACACAGUAUUGUCUGCGGUUUUAUUAUGCCUUACAUGGCUUUUUCAAAAUGAGGGAUACCUUGGCUGUGUACAUCUUUGAAGAGAACCAUGUGGUUCAAGAAAAAAUCUGGUCUGUCUUAGAAACUCCCAGAGGAGUCUGGACUCAGGCUGAAAUCACCUUCAAAAAGCCCAUGCCUUGCAAGGUGGUGUUUGUUAGCUGGUGCAGAAGCUUUUGGGAUUGUGGCCUGGUGGCAUUAGAUGAUGUUUCAGUGACUUUAGGAAGCUGUCAUGUUGCUGAUAUGCUGCCCGCUUUUUCUGGAGAAUGUACUUUUGAACGAAAUGAAUGUGGAUUCAUGCAGCAAAAGAGAAACCGGAGUGGGUGGCAUAGAAGAAGAGGCCAUACGCCAACAUCUUACACUGGACCAAAAGGAGACCACACUACUGGGGUAGGAUAUUAUAUGUACAUUGAGGCAUCCCACAUGAUCUAUGGGCAAAAAGCACGGCUUAUUUCGAGGUUACUACGACGGACCUUUGGAUAUCAGUGUCUUAUGUUUUUUUAUCACAUGUAUGGAGCUGGGACUGGGAUAUUAAAUGUUUAUGUGAAAAAGCAUGGUGGCAAGGAAGAGACACUAAUUUGGAGAAGGCGAGGAGAACAGAGCAUCACAUGGUUAAGAGGCAUAAUUGAGUAUACCUAUGAUAAAUCUCACCAGAUAAUAUUUGAAGCAGUUCGUGGAGUAUCAAUAAGAAGUGACAUUGCUAUAGAUGACAUUUUGUUUCAACGAGGACCUUGUAGAGAAAUGGGAGAAACCACAUUACAGUCUUCUGGAUAUUCUGCAGAUUUUAAUGAAAUCGAAUACUGAACUCUGCCGAUGUCGACGAAGCACCACCUUGCUGAUAUGUAGAAAAAACUGCACCACUCCCUACAAACCCUCACUGUUACAAGUGUUAAAUACUGGACACAAAGCCAUGGGAAGAAAUAAGCAAAGUCUCAAUCUUGGCCUUGCUAAUCAAGUUACUGACUCAGGGCUUCCCACACUUUGGUUUCGUUGAAUGUUGUCUUGCAUGUGACAUCAGUUAUUCAAGAGAGUUAUUAAUUUGCACAGAGUGUGCACUAGUGGACAGAUAUUUUUGGGGCACAUUAUUACAGAAGGUAAAAUGGACACAAUCAUCCAUUGUAGUAACAAGAUUUGCAUUCAGUGAAUGUCUUGUCUUGAGCAAAUAAAAGUUUUUGUUUUAAAAUAAUGAAGGAAAUGAUAUUAUGUAGGUUAAUUCAAAAUUGUUUCAGCUGUUUGUUCAUGUCAGUAAUGUUUUGGUUGUAAUACAUACAUUGAGUGUUCCAUAAACAGGAGGAUUUUUUUCCAUUUUGCUAUUGCUCUUUAGCAUUUAUGGAAAUGAAUUCAUUUACCAACCUUGCAGCAAACAGCGGAACGUUUGUAAGUGUUUCUGUAAAUGUGUAAUUACAAUAUGAUAAAACAAACCAGCAUUUUUUUUUACAGAAAGCUCAGUUUGGAUUUGUAAUCUUUUUUGAUAUAUGUUUGAGAGAUUUGCACAAAAUGGUUUUUAUAUCAUGCUUAGCAACAUGAUGAGAAGUAAAUAACACAUACUUUGUUGCUGAAUAUUGUAUAGAUAAGUGUGGGUGUAUGUUUUGUAUAUUAUGUGUGUGCAUGUGCCUUUUUUACAGUUGCAAACAUCUAAUAAAAAGUAAUUUUAAAUAACUUUCA